UUCUUUUUGUCCCGACAUACGUUGACGUCACCGCCGCCGAUUAAAUGUCUUGUAUCUACAUAGAUGUUACAAACAAUCGGAAUAAGUUGAAACAUGCCGAAAUGAAGGAUCCCGUGAGAAAAUUCGUCGGUGACGGAACAAAGUGAAAGUGCGCGUUCAUAGAAGAUGUUUAUGCAUAAUUAAUCGAUACAUUGAUAUAGAAAUCAAAGUGCCAGAGAGAUGGCCUUGCGUCAACUCUUGGAGGAAGAGAAUAAACGUAAAGCAGAUCCUACGGAUACCCACGGGCGAUCGAUUAUCGUUCUCGGCAGCAGAGGGGUUGGGAAGUCCACGAUGAUCUGUCGAUUCCUGGAAAAAGACGAGCCUUCGAAGCCGACGAUCGCGAUGGAUUACUCCUUCGGACGAAAAACCGGACGAAGCUUGAUAAAAGACGUGGUUCACGUGUGGGAGAUCGGCCACUUGUCGUCGUCCUUGGUCGCAGCUGCCAUGACAGGAUCCGCUCUCGUGCAUUCGCCGCAUCACGUGACUCUGUUGGUGAUGCUGGACCUCGGAAAACCGGAAAUCCUUUGGUCUACCUUAGAGGAAUGUCUUAUGGUGAUCCGUAGUGCCGUGAAGAUGAGCUACGAUGCCUCGACGAUCGACAGCCUAAGAGAAAGGAUGCGUGGCGGCGAAAGGGGACUGGAAUUCGACAAAACUCUUGACCCUUUGCCGAUCCGAACCUGUAUUCUGGGCGGAAGGUACGACGUCUUUAAGGAUUACGACGAGGAUAAGAAACGGCUGGUAGGACGGACUCUCCGAGGGGUAGCACAUUCGUUAGGUGCUGGUCUUCGGUAUCACUCCUCCAAGGACACCGUUUUAAUCAGAAAGACAAAGGAUCUCUUAUCUCAUUACGGAUUUGGAUCUCAGCGACCAAAAGCAGGGUGCACGGAUUACGACAAGCCUUUGGCGGUACCGCCGGGAACAGAUAGUUUCUCGUCCAUCGACCCGACGUUAACCGGCGGAACGGGCUCGGCGAUUCUGGAUUCGAUGAAGCAAACGUACGUGGCUCACAUCCCUCAGGAUUCAAAGGGCAGCUAUGGGGUAAAGCCGGAGGACCCAUCAAACGACCCCAAUUUUCAGGAACCGACCGUCGACAGACUCAAAAGUCAGAGAGAAGAGGAAAUCAGUGUUUUACUUCGGGACAUGUUGGAAGGCCGAGUUUCAAAGAUCGCUAUCCCGGGUCCACUCUAGAGAGGAGCACCACCGUAGAGGAAACACUUCCCUCGGUCGAUCCAAUUCCUCGAGACGAUAUAAAUGCAUCGUUUUUC